CUAAACUCAUGGCACGGUUAUUAGAUUGGUGUUUAGCUCUACAUCGCAUCGAAGGCCUUGAUUAAAAGCUGCAUUUUAAUCCACGGACCCGAGGGUGACAUAAAAUUGCUGUCACGAUUGCCCAGGACUUCAAUGGAACUAUCCGACGUCUCACUAUCUCAGCUGCAACCAUUUGGAUACAAACUAACUGCCAAGUUUCCUCAUCAAAAGAAUCGCGUCGUAAGGGAGAUGUACCGCUCUGAUAGUUCACCGUUCGCAAGUUUUGUGCGCCCAAGCCGAUAUAUGGACAUGCUAAGAGUUGAUCGAAUGGACAGAGCCAGGGAUAAUUCCUACCGCAAGGUCACUGAGAGAGAUGGCGGUAAGGUUUUGGCUGAUCGAGAUCGCGAAUCGGGCAACAGAUCUUUCGGAAUUGUGGAGAGUAGAAUGGCUGAACUUGAUGACAUCCAAAGGUCUAUGGCAGAGGACGAGGAGGCAUUUGUCGAGAGAAAAUACACCCCUAGGAAAUCAAGCUUUGAAGAUGGUCAAGACAAACUACGCGAUAACGUUCAGUAUUCAUCAUCCGUUCGUAUCCCCAAGCGUGAAUCUUCCCCGACUCCAGAACACAGUUCACGCUACCUAACUCCAAGCCCUGCCGUAGAUCGCAUCUCGACUCAUGAAUGGACAUUUGAAGAACAGUUCAAACAGUUGUAUGAGCUUGGAGAUGAACCCGAUAGAAAGACAUUUUUAGACGAUUUAUUUGCCUUUAUGCAAAAAAGAGGGACACCGGUAAACAGGGUUCCCAUCAUGGCAAAACAGACACUAGAUCUGUAUAAAUUAUUUCGUCUGGUCGUAGAUAAAGGCGGACUUGUUGAGGUUAUCAAUAAGAAAAUAUGGCGUGAAAUUAUCAAAGGAUUGAAUCUGCCUGCUUCUGUCACGAGUGCGGCGUUCACUCUACGAACUCAAUACAUGAAGUAUCUCUACCCGUAUGAAUGCUCGAAACGCAAACUCUCAACCCCCUCCGAGCUCCAGGCUGCCAUUGACGGCAAUCGACGCGACAGCAGACGGACAUACGGGUCCUUCGGGUCACCUGGCAAUCACGAUAGCUACUCUCGCACCAGUCCCCCUUCUUCGUACUCAACGAACCACUCGCCCGGACUAUCGCACCGUUCGAGUCCUGGAACGUCCCCCACGGGGGAGGAGGUACACGUUCCGCCAACUGUACACGGAAACAAUGGUGUAGCCGUUUUACAUUCCCCCGGCCUCAGUCACCGCACAACCCCAGAACUUACCGGAAACAAGAGAGCUGCAAGUCCGGAAAUGACGUCACGAAUAUCAAGUAAUGACAGGUCUCCGUCUGGCUCGCCCGUAAAAAAGUUCGCGGGCUCAAAUGAUCGUGACGGACGACCUCAUCACCACGUACCGUGGACGCAUAUCAAGAUUCAGACACCACCGAAAGGUUUCACUCUGUCGAGCCAGGGUCAAUACCAAGAGCCUGGCUCCCCGAGACCACGUGACAACAACAAGCAGCUCCCACUAACGUUGCUUGACCAAGUCAGCGAUAACUCGCUUCUAGUCUCCGUGGAACUGAAUGGCAUAGCUUACCAAGGUGUUCUGUUUGCAAGGCAACCAGGGAGACCUCAUUCUCCGGUAGACCAAUAGUCAAACAAUCAUAUUGCCUUUAAGGAUGUCCUUUUGUGGUGAUGGUAAAAUGUCAUAAUAUAGAAAUUCUAAAAAAAGCAUCGGCCCUAUUUAUUGCUUGCCUGUGCUUUCCACCAAAUCCAGUGGUCUUAUAUUGGACGUUUAUCUUUAUUUCUUCGCCCUAGACUCCAAGCUGCCGUUGUAAUUAAAGCCAGCAGUAUAGAAUUAUGUAGUUAAGUAGUUCUCGAACAUAGAAAUGGAUUAUUUAGAUUUAGUGGGGUUGUAGAUAAAAUAAUAACACAGAAAUUUAAUAUGAUGCUUAGAAAAUGAGCCAAGCUCAUCAGAAUUUUACCAUAGAUAACUGUGAUUCUUGAUAUUCUUUUUACUUCGAACUCGUCAAAGAUUUCCAUCUCACAAAACUCUUUCGGACUUCCGUCAUUCAAACUGAAGGAGCUUUUCGAUUGGUUACUGAAAGCCAGAAAGCGAUUAAGUUGUUUGGAAAUCUCUGGUGACUAUGGUCACCAUCUCAUACUCAUGGAGAAUUGCGGAAAUGCAGUCUUGGAAUCUAUGUCCCAAGUGUGUCUUUUUGUAGAAAGUUGAUAAGGAUAUCUCUUCUGUUUACCCUAAAUCUCGUUUGUACAUUAAGACAAAAAAUCGCUCUUUUAUAAAGUUUACUUUGGAGAGUUGGAAGGUGUUAUUAAGGCUGUUUCCCAAUUUAUUAUCAUACGCGAUUCUGCAUUUAUUUGCAAUAUUUUAUAACCUUUUUUACAAAAUAUAUUCCCACAUUUGCAUACGCUCGAAAUAUAAUUUCAGAAAAUGCAACCAUUCCCGGUAUAUUUCAAAAGAAUAGAUUGAGCUUAUCCAAGAUCAGCAUCUUUUAGCAUAAUAAGAUGAAGGAAAAAGUGGCGUUAGUAUUAUUGUAAACAACUUCGGCAUCCUUCCAGGUUCUAAGCUGUGAGAAUAUUAAUCAUAAAUCUACCGGACUAUCUUUUGAAAAUUCUUUGACGGGCAGAUCCACAAUUUUCAUUUGUUCAUUUUUUAUAACUUUAUUUUGCAUGAAUACUACUGCCAAAAAAUGGCUAAUAAUGACAAAGGAAUAUCUUAUAGCUGUAAAGCAGCGAACGACACAUAUUCAGGUUUGCAUGCUCCAUUUUGUAAAUAUAGCCAUCAUUUUGCCAUCUAUAUAUACAUACCCAUAAUAUAUUAUUACUUCUACUACUUAAAACUCGAACAGGGGAAAACAAUGCAGUUGAAUUCUUUAUUUUUUAAGAAAAUUACCAUUUGAAAUAUCGUAUGUAUUCCUUCACAUUCACCCUCAGACAGAAGGGCGUCUUGGUAAGGCAGGGGCGUAGCCAGGGGGGUGUCCCUUUUUAGCAGCCAAAAAUACAGUAAUAGUAUGAGACAUUAUCUAAAAUACAGGAGAAAAUGCCUUGAAAGUCCCUUUUGGGCCCCCUCCCGUAUAAAAUCCUGGCUACGCCGCUGCAAGGUACAAGAAUGUGGAUCACUCAUGACUCUUUAGUGAUGCAUUUUAAGUUGAACUUUUUAAUGCAAUAAUGUUUAAAAAAUGAUCAAUUUAAAUGUGAUCUUAAAAUUCAUCUCGGGGUUAAAGAAAUUCAUACCAGAACAUUUUGCUCCUACUACUACUGAUGAUGUUUUCCAUUUUAUUUGUAUUUAAAAUGACCCCAAAGCUGUCUCACGGUGAGACAAUUUUGAAUGUCAUUUUUGGGUGGGGAAAAAAAUUCCUAGGCUGUUGAAUUGUACUGUUGUUAUUGAGAGGAAAGACGCUAUUUAUGACAGAACUGAAAAUUAACUUAUAUUUCGCCAGUCUAUUAUACAAGUAAUACAAAAUGUGUACAGUUUCGUUAUUUGGCUGAAAUGUCUUUUAAUAAAAAUUUCGUUGAAAUGA